AUGAACGUCGACAACGAUACCCCUCAGGGGAUCACUAGCAGUGCUGACCGCAUGGUCGGCAUGGAGCACUCUGAAGUCCGCUACUUCACCAGCUACGAUCACCACGGUAUUCACGAGGAGAUGCUGAAAGACGAUGUUCGCACCCGCUCUUACCGCGACUCUAUUUACCAGAACCGCCACAUCUUCAAGGACAAGGUCGUUCUCGAUGUCGGCUGUGGUACCGGUAUUCUGAGCAUGUUCGCUGCUCGUUCCGGCGCCAAGCAUGUCAUUGGUGUUGAUAUGUCCUCGAUCAUCGAGAAGGCCCGUGAGAUUGUUCACGUCAACGGCUUGUCCGAGAAGAUCACCCUUCUUCAGGGCAAGAUGGAGGAGGUCAACCUCCCCUUCCCCAAGGUCGAUAUCAUUAUCUCCGAGUGGAUGGGUUACUUCCUUCUCUACGAGUCCAUGCUGGACACCGUUCUCUACGCUCGUGACACUUACCUCAACCCCGGUGGUCUGAUCUUCCCCGAUAAGGCUACCAUGUACGUUGCUGGUAUUGAGGAUGGCGAGUACAAGGACGACAAGAUUGGAUUCUGGGACAACGUCUACGGAUUCGACUACAGCCCCAUGAAGGAGAUUGCUCUCAACGAGCCCCUCGUCGACACCGUCGAGAUGAAGGCGCUUGUCACCGACCCCUGCCCCAUCAUCACUUUUGAUCUUAACACCGUCACCACUGCCGACCUUGCCUUCAAGGUUCCCUACGGCCUCACUGCCAAGCGCCCUGAUUUCAUCCACGCCUUGAUCGCUUGGUUCGAUAUUGAGUUCAGCGCUUGCCACAAGCCCAUCCACUUCUCCACCGGCCCUCACGCCAAGUAUACCCACUGGAAGCAGACUGUCUUCUACCUGCGUGACGUCCUCACCGUCGAGGAGGAUGAGAAGGUCUCCGGCUGGAUCGAGAACCGCCCUAACGAUAAGAACAAGCGUGACUUGGACAUUGGUAUCACUUAUGACUUUGAAACCUCUGACCCCACUCGCUCUGCCAAGGGUGGCUGCUUCUACCGGAUGUGUUAA